UCCCCCCCUGCCCCCCAACAGGACAACUGUCGCCUGACCCCCAACUCAGGCCAGGAGGACGCCGACAACGACGGCAUCGGGGACCAAUGUGACGAUGACGCCGAUGGCGACGGCAUCAAGAACGUCGAGGAUAACUGCCGCCUGGUCCCCAAUAAGGACCAGCAGAACUCGGACACGGACUCGUUUGGGGACGCGUGCGAUAACUGCCCCAACGUCCCCAAUAACGACCAGCGCGACACGGAUGGAAAUGGGGAGGGGGACGCGUGUGAUAAUGACAUCGAUGGG